UACCUAUACCUAUAUAUAUAUACACAUAUAUACAUAUAUAUAUAGAUCAGUUUGUGUACUUGGACGUAUACGUGUACUACUGAGAGGAACCAAGUGAAGCCGGGCUAGCGCGUAACGGCUAAUCCGCGGGACUAGAGCACGAUAUACUUCAAGCGCACAUAUAAUACAUAUAUAUACAUAUGUAUAAAUAUAUGUAUGUGCAUAUAUAUGUAUAAUAUGGACAUUAAGUACUGAGUACAGAGGGGAGAGACGGGGAGAGACGGCAAAAAAAAAACCAACACAUUAUUUAUAUAAAUAAAUAGAUAUAUAUUAGAUAGUUAAGGGAAUAUAAAAAAUAUAUACUGCAAAAGUAUUGUAUGUAGAUAGAUAUUUAUUAGUGGGUAAAGAGAAAAGGAGAGAGAGAGAGAGAGGAUGACUAGUGUUGAUUUGGAGUAAGUGGCUGGCUCUAGUAGUUGGACUGCAAGUUAACUAAAGUGUGUGUGUUCUCGUCGAGCAUAUUCGUGUGGUAGUCGUAGUCAUAGUCGUCGACGUCGUUAUCGUCGUGAUCGUUUACGUUGUCAAGUUUUGUCAGUCAGUAGUGCGAUUUCUUCGUGCGCGCAUCAUCAGUGCAACAGCGCGGGAGACACUAGAUUCAUUUUUUUUAUUAGAAUUAAUUUUUUUAGUUGGGAUUUUUUUUUUAACGGAGUAGAAUUCACUUUUGUUGACGACUUUUUUUGAGAUAAAUUUAUUUUUUAAAUUUAAUUGAAUAGCGAAACAACAACAAGAGUAACAGCAACAAGACGAGAUGGCGGAUGAAAAUGACACGUGCGAGGACUCAAUGGGUCCUGGGGAUGCAACAACAGCUUUUGCGAAACGGCUGAGGGGUCGCAAGGGUGCGCUGAAGAAAAAAAAUGUUUACAUGAUAAAGGAUCACAGUUUCAUGCCCCGGUUUUUUAAACAACCGACUUUUUGCAGUCAUUGUAAAGAUUUUAUAUGGGGCUUCGGAAAACAGGGAUACCAGUGCCAAGUUUGUAGUUUUGUAGUUCAUAAACGGUGCCAUGAAUAUGUUUCAUUUACGUGUCCUGGUGCUGACAAAGGAGCUGACUCCGAUGAUACACGGACGAAGCAUCACUUCAAGCAACACACCUACAACAGCCCCACCUUCUGUGACCACUGCGGUAGUCUACUCUAUGGUGUCAUCCACCAGGGCAUGAAAUGCCAAGCAUGUGACAUGAACGUCCAUAAAAGAUGUGAAGAGAGUGUACCAAAUCUUUGCGGGUGCGAUCACACAGAAAGACGUGGGCGCAUUGCAUUACAUAUCACUUGUAUUGCAAACAAACUCACUAUUGAAGUUCAGCGAGGAAGAAAUCUCAUUCCAAUGGAUCCCAACGGAUUAUCAGAUCCUUAUGUAAAGCUUAAAUUAAUUCCAGACACGGAUGGAGUCAAAAAAAAAACAAAGACAAUCAAAUCAUCUUUAAACCCCGAGUGGAAUGAGACAAUCACUUUCGAACUUAAAGCCGAGGAUAAGGAUAGAAGGCUUUUAAUAGAAGUUUGGGAUUGGGACAGAACAUCGAGGAAUGAUUUUAUGGGUUCAUUGUCCUUCGGUAUUUCGGAAUUAAUAAAAGCUCCAGCCAAUGGAUGGUAUAAGCUUCUUACGCAAGAAGAGGGUGAAUUUUACAAUGUCCCGGUCCCUGAGGAAGGGGUAGAUUUGGCUGAGCUUAAAUUAAAAAUGAGGAAAACUUCAGUGACGAAGAAAACGCCAACCCCUCAGGAUAAAGAUAUACCUCACAAUAUGGGUAAAAGUGAUUUAAUAAGAGCGUCUGAUUUCAAUUUUCUUAUGGUACUUGGAAAAGGAAGUUUCGGCAAAGUUUUGCUCGCGGAACGUAAAGGUACGGACGAGUUGUACGCGAUUAAAAUAUUAAAGAAAGAUAUUAUAAUUCAAGACGACGAUGUCGAGUGUACGAUGGUGGAGAAACGUGUUCUUGCACUGUCUCACAAGCCACCAUUUCUGGUACAACUUCAUUCCUGUUUUCAAACUAUGGACCGGUUAUAUUUUGUUAUGGAAUAUGUAAACGGCGGUGAUCUUAUGUUUCAAAUUCAACAGUGUGGAAAAUUCAAAGAACCUGUAGCAGUAUUUUACGCAUCUGAAAUAGCGAUUGGACUAUUCUUCCUUCAUUCCCGUGGAAUAGUUUACCGCGAUCUAAAAUUAGACAAUGUCCUGCUGGAUCAGGAUGGUCAUAUUAAAAUAGCUGAUUUUGGAAUGUGCAAAGAGGGAAUUACCGGUGAUAGAACGACUAAAACAUUUUGUGGUACACCUGAUUACAUUGCACCUGAGAUAAUUCUUUACCAACCAUAUGGGAAAUCUGUUGACUGGUGGGCGUACGGUGUAUUGUUGUACGAAAUGUUGGUAGGGCAGCCUCCAUUCGAUGGUGAAGAUGAAGAAGAAUUAUUUGCGGCCAUUACUGACCACAGUGUUAAUUAUCCUAAGAGUUUAUCUAAAGAAUCAAAAGAAGCUUGCAAAGGCUUUUUAACAAAAAAUCCAAGCAAAAGAUUAGGAUGUGGACUUCGUGGUGAAGAUGACGUACGAGGUCAUGCAUUUUUCCGUCGAAUUGAUUGGGAGAGAAUCGAAAAUCGUGAAGUUCAGCCUCCAUUUAAACCGAAAAUCAAACACAGGAAAGACGUCAGCAAUUUCGACAAACAAUUUACGUCCGAAAAAACAGAUCUCACACCAACAGACAAACUUUUCAUGAUGAAUUUGGAUCAAACAGAAUUUAUGGGCUUUUCGUAUUUAAAUCCCGAGUAUAUUCAACAUAUAUAAAUAUAUUAAUAUUUAACUGAAUUUAAAAAAAAGCUGAACAAUCACCAUUAUGGUUAUUAUUACUAAUUAAUAAUUAAUGAUUAAUGAUAAUUAAAAAUAUUUAAAAUAAUAGUAUUAAUAAUUAUAAUCUGUAAGUCAUAUAGGUGACUAUCAUCGCGUCGUUAACCCCAAAUUAUAUUUCUCAAUAUAUAUAUAAAUAUUUUAUUAUCUAAUCAAACAUUUUGUCAUUUGCAACAUUUUAUUUUCGCUCUUAAUCUUUCGCUCACACGGAAAAAAAGCUGCUGUCUAUCAGCGAUUCAAAAUUCAAAUAAAUAAACCCGCGGUUAUU